GAGCAACCGAUUCAACACUUCCUAGAUCACCCACUGUCUCCAAAACCGAAGCCUUUCACACUACAUUCAAUUCCCCCCUUGAAACCCCCAGAAAGCAACAAAAAAGAAAUUCCCUUGACAGACAGACGAGAGAAGAAAGAAAUAAAUUCACCCCAUCAUUCUAUAUAUUCCCUCUCAAAAGUUGAAACUGCCUUCAGUUCUUGUUGAAUGGAUAAUUUCUGCCAAUUCUCUGAUCAACAUCCUUUGAGGUCAAAUUCAAUGCCCAAUGACAGGCAAGAAGCAUCUUCUUUCUCCGAUAGCAGCACGUCUCGACGAGUUGUCCAUUCUGAUGAAGAGGUCUUACUAGCAACAAGUUUUCCGAAAAAACGCGCUGGCCGCAGAAUAUUCAGGGAGACUCGGCACCCGGUUUUUAGAGGUGUUCGGAAGAGGAAUGGUAACAAAUGGGUGUGUGAGAUGCGGGAACCAAACAAGAAGUCACGAAUAUGGUUAGGAACAUAUCCUACACCAGAAAUGGCAGCUCGAGCUCAUGAUGUUGCUGCUUUGGCACUUAGAGGCAAAUCUGCUUGCCUUAACUUCGCUGAUUCUGCCUGGAGGUUGCCUGUGCCAGUUUCGAAGGAUUCUAAGGAUAUUACAAGGGCAGCAAAUGAGGCAGCAGAAUUAUUUAGGCCUCAAGAGUUUGGUGGUCAUCCGGCAAAACAACAAGAUAGCAAUGCAGUGCUAGAGGAUUGCUCAAGUGAAGUUUGCAGCGAUGAUUGCAAAACUUUCCAAGAAAAUGAUGUCUUCUUCAAGGAAGCAGUGUUUGCCAUGCCAGGAGAAAAUGAUGUCUUCUUCGAGGAAGCAGUGUUUGACAUGCCAGGGUUGCUCGUGGACAUGGCAGAAGGUCUUCUACUCUCUCCUCCACGUUAUGUAAGGAAUGAUUGCAACGACUUGGAUCAUAUGGAGAAUGGUUCUGAUUUGUCGUUAUGGAGUUAUUAGGCAAACUUCUAGAUUAGUACGUAGUGCCAUAGUUAGCAGUUAGCUUUACAUGUAAACGAAUUGUUCUACAUUAUUUUUCCGUACUUCUAUAGAGCCUUCAUUUUAAUA